AUGCAGACUGGCCCUUUAAAACGACCUAAUGCAAAUGAAUUAUUUACAUUAAUAGAUGAUUUAUGGGAUCCUAUUUAUUGGAAUAAAGUGGAUUCUGUAAUUUAUAGGCAAUUAGAAGAAACAGAUGAUAUUACAGUUUAUAUAAGUAAACUUUUGGAUUUUAAAGAUCUUCUAGAAUCCAAAAAUGCAGACAAUGAUGAUUUGGAAUGUUCAGAAUUCUUAUUAACAAACUGAAUGAUUUUACUAAACUUAAUAUUAAUUAUAUUAAUUUUAUAGAUGAAGAAAAUUAAAACUCAUUUACUUUAAUUGAAAAUAUUUAGCAUGCAGUUUACCCUU